CUUCAGUACAACUCAAUGCUGCGCUACGGGAAAACAAAAGUGAAUAAAGAUAGUGAGCAGUCGUGACGUAUAUGCCCCGGCAAGAAUUUGCGUCGUCUUCGGCGCAUUCGAGCACACACCCGCACGCACUCCGUAGCAUGUCGUCUGCGCCGUGAGGCCCGUCUCGCGAGCGAUAUAGUUUAUAGCCGUGCAUGCUUAUGCCGCGAUAGAUCAUUGAGGGCGCGUACCACUCCUCUGCACGUAGAUAGCUUCGUUAGUUCUAACCAAUUCCUAGCCCCGCUCCUUGCGAACCGGCGUGCCACCGUCCGUAAACAAGGCCGAGCCUGCGCAUCGCCCAGGUGGGAUCAAGGUGUGCGUGUUGUGGUGCAAUAACCAUCAGGCGUGCCUAUCAAAGAGGUGUGGCCCCGAAGCGAGCUCCGCAAAACCUCCCUCGCGAGGAGCCUGUGAUUCGAGUGUGCAACUAAGCGGCCGCAGCGUCGAGUCAUGGAAUCGUCGGCCCCGGCCCAAGAGGCGUCCUCCCACGGAUCGGACGCCGAGACGCUCCUCCCGGGACGGGACUCCCAGGAACAGCGUCCCCCGACUCCCCCGGUGCCGCUGGAGAGGCCCGCCUCGAAGCCGCCGGAGCCGGCGAAGCAGGCUCGCGAAAUACUGCGAACCACGCUGGGAUCGCUGGUGUACAAGUUUGCCAAGGGGAUCCUGAUCGCGGGGAGCCUCUACCUUAUGGGCUGGCUGAACCUGAGCCCGGCCUGGCUUCUCAUAGGGGUGGGCUCCUACGUCGCGCAGAAGAACUACAUCGAGCAGAAGCGGAUCCGCAGCGGCAUCACCAGCGCCGACCAGGAGAAGGCCAGCAUCCUGGCCACGAUCGAGGACCUGCCCGCAUGGGUGUUCUUCCCUGAUACAGAGAGAGCUGAGUGGGUCAAUAAGAUCCUGUGCCAGUUCUGGCCAUUUGUAGGGGACUACGUCAAGGACCUCAUUCUCGAGACCAUUGAACCGAGCGUGCGCUCCUCGCUGCCCGCAUACCUGAGCAGCUUCAAGUUCGAGAAGAUUGAUCUGGGCGACGUGCCUCCCAGGAUUGGAGGAGUGAAAGUGUACAAGGAGAAUGUGUCGAGAAAUGAGGUCAUCAUGGACAUGGAGCUGUUCUAUUCUGGUGACUGCAAGUUUACGAUCAAAGUGAAAGGCUUCAAGGCUGGCAUUCGAGAUCUUCAGAUACACGGCAAUGUACGGGUGGUGAUGCGGCCCCUCACCAAGCAGAUUCCCCUGGUCGGCGGCGUGACUGUGUUUUUCCUCAGACCUCCCGCCAUUGAUUUCACCCUGACCAACCUGGGACAAGUAUUGGAAGUUCCAGGGCUAAAUGACCUGUUGAAGAAGGCCGUCUCCGACCAAGUGGCGGCCAUGAUGGUGCUGCCAAACAAGUAUUCAGUCAAGCUUCAGGAGAACGUCUCAACCCAGACACUGCGGUACUCUCUGCCCUGCGGUGUCCUUCGGAUUGAAGUCGUGGCAGCUAAGGACUUAGUCAAGGCAGACAUCGGUAUGCUAGGCCUGGGAAAAUCGGAUCCUUAUGCCAUCAUCACUGUUGGUGCCCACGAGUUCCGGACACAGGUCAUCCCCAACACCGUGAACCCCAAGUGGAACUACUACUGCGAGGUUGUCAUCUACCAAAUUCCUGGUGCCACCUUGGACAUUGAGGUGAUGGAUGAGGACCAGAGUAGCAAAGACGACUUCCUGGGCAGGGUGUCUGUUGCUGUUAGUGAUAUUGAAAGCCAGGGCCAAGCAGACAUGUGGCUGACCCUGGAUGACACGAAGUCGGGCAAGAUCCGCCUGCGGACCUCCUGGCUCAGUCUGUCCACAAACACGGACGACCUGGCUCUGCAAUUGGAAGAAAUCAGGGCCAUCUCCACCAAGACAGUGCUGUCGUCAGCUGUGCUCAUUGUAUUCCUUGACUCCGCAAAGCACCUUCCGAGUGUCAAUUUGAUCCCUCAGACUACCACAUUUCCAAGGAAUCGGUUUGCCAAGACUCGCAAUGCGACCAAGGCGGCCGGCGAGCCCAGUCCCCAGGUGCACCUGGUGGUGGGCCAGCAGGAGCGCUGGAGCUCCAUCAAGCACAGCACCAAUGACCCUGUCUGGGAGGAGAUCUUCUACCUGCUCCUCAGCAACCCGGAAGUCCAGGAGAUGGAGGUCAAGGUGAUGGACAACAAGUGCGGGCAGGUGUUGGGCCACUUGAGUUUCCGGCUGUCGCGCCUCCUGAAGGAAGAAGGGCUGAAGAUAGACGAACCGCUCAUCCUGCUGGGGACGGGACACCAGGCAAAGCUGCUGAUCACGCUGCAGCUGCGCAUCCUCUGCAGCAACAAGCGCAGAACGUCAACCUCAGGCUCCCUGUCCCGGGUAAGCCGGGGCAGCAUGCGAGUUUCGGAGCACGAAGAUGUCACCCCUUCACACAGGCCUUCCGUCGACGAGCGGACCAGUCCACCGUCUCCACGCAAGACGCUGCCACCUCAGGUUCCCUCGCUGGACGAAGUGGUGCACUCUACAGUGUCGCCCAUCCUAGACAGCAUGGCCAUGGGGGAAGGACCGCUCGAAGCCAGCCACAGGGACCCACAGAGGGAGGUGCUGGGAGACCCAGGAGCUGGCAAGCUUCAGCUGACGCUCCGAUACAGCGCCCAGAGAAGCCGCAUGGUGGUCGUUGUCCACCGAGCUGUAAACUUGGUCCACAAGGAGGGUGACGACCUGCCGGACCCUUACGUCAAGCUGCAGCUGCUGCCCGACCGAUCAAAGGACAGCAAGCGCAAGACUCAGAUCUGCCGGAACACCUGCAACCCCGUCUUUGACGAGUCGAUGGAAUUUGAGGCAGCACUGUCAGACCUGGAAGGCAGCACCCUUCAAGUGCUCGUCAACUCCAAGAGUGGCUCGUCCAUGUUUUCCCGUGGCAAGACACUGGGCCGCACGCAGGUCAGCCUGGCCAACCUGGACCUCACCAAGGCACACACCGACUGGUACGAGCUGGAGCCGGAUACCUAGGCUGACUUUUACCCAGAUUGUGAGACGAGCUCAUUCGUCCUGAAAACAUCGUGCAGGGAUCUACGACAGACUGAGAGUCCGUUGCAAAAGAAAACUGCGUUGUUUGUUAUCUCUGUUUUUUAGUGUCCUUUUUGUUUGCACUUAGCGAUAGUGUUUACGAGCAGAAAGGGAUUUUGGGUGACGCCGUGGUGGUGCAUUGUGUUACACGUGCAUGUCACCUAAGCCUACUAUGUAGAGUAGUAUACUUUAAGGAUUUGCCUUGUGACUUUCAGAAGAAUAAUAGGCUGAUGUGAGAACUUAGUUAGUCAUCACUUAGGGACUGCAGAAGCGAUUACGGAAAUUUGGAAUGACGCUUGUACAUAACACUUGGCCUCUAAUGCUCACUGUGAAGGUUUAGGCUGUGUGACUUGACUGGCUAAUGGCUUUAUAAAUGUCUUUCAUUGAGGUACAAAAUUGAGCGUUUUUGAAAAUUUUACAUUUUACGGAUAUAUGUGCAACCACAUAAAUGAAACUUAAGGGACACAUGGAGCGUGUAUUUGCUUCUUUUUGUUGUUCUUGUUUGUUUUUUCUUCUUGUUGUUGUCUGUUUCACCUCGAGUAUAAGAGGAUCUUUUGGAAGGCGCACAGUGCAUUGUGGACUGUACAAAAGUUGUGCAGUCGGAAAGUGACGUCCACCAAUUGUGCCAUUACCUGUGAAUUCAUGUUGUUCAUAAUGCUCUUCCGGCAUCUGUUUCUUUUAAUUGCACGCCUACUUAGUGCUGAAAAAAAUUCCAUAGAAAGAAAGCCCUUCAAUUUUUCAAUUUCUUUAAUAUUUGGCUUACAUUAGCCACAUUAUUUUAAGCCAUUGUUGUACUUAUUGUCACAUGUGUUUCAACACUGAGACCUUGUUAACGACAUGACCUUGUGGCUUUAUGGGAAAAAAAGCAAGAUUCAUUAUGCGACUUUUAAUUUGUUGCAUGCAGCUACCAUUGCAAAUUUUAUGCUGAUGCCUACGCUGAAGGGCAGGACUCUACUGCAAUUUUAUCUUAUCUCUUGCUAGUGUGAAAUGAUUACAGAGUGUUGAAAGGCGUAUACUGAGGAUGUUUUGAAUUAAUGUGCUAUAUUGCCGUGUGUGCAAUUUUAGUUGUCAUGUACUUCAUAAAGAGCACACUUUGUAUGUUUCAAGAUGCUAAAUGAUUUGGACACAAAGCUGCGAAUAUUGCAGUGCAUUGUGCGCUAUCUUGACCAUGCCCUGGUGUAAUUGAAUGCUUUCCAACAAUGAAAUUUUCCUAUUACAAGGAGACAAUACCAAAUGGCAAUGAAAAGGACACGGUAAAAAGGUUUGAAGGAAGAAGGUUCAAGCUUUUGCAUAAAAACCUUGUUCACUACAGCAAACAAAAUGGUAUUUUAUACCUUACUUCGUUUUUCGAGCUAAGUUGUACUGUAGUAUGCCGAUUAUUGUAUUUGCUCAUAUCUAAGCACCGCCUCCCCCUCCUUUUCUUUUUCUAUGACCUAGCGAACAUAGUGAGGCCUAAUUGAGGUUGCAGUACAAGUAGUAAACUGAUAAUUCAGUUGUAGUUGAAUAUUUGAAGAAAUUAUACUCACAUAAAUUAGUACUUCCUCUUGAAGCAGCUGUUAUAUUUUUAUUAAAUUUCUAAAGUGUUCGCACAGCCCUAGUCCUGAGAGAUUGAGUGUAGGUUUAGGAAGGGUGCUUGCAUUAGAGAAAAUACGAUAGUCCUGUCGUGUGUGCUUUUUAUCUGUAAUCAAGGUAUUUUUCUGCGGUUACAUUUUUUUAAUGCUUUGUUUAUUCUUGCAUUGAUUAUUUACAUUAUCCUAUUUUCUCUUUCUCAUAAAUGCUCUCCCCGCACCAACUGAACGUGGUUGGCAAAAAAGGCUACCACUUUUGUAUUCACACCAUCAAAAAAACUCUUGCGGGUUUUUAUGUACUGUCAUAUUCUGCCGACGCAGUUGCUACUUUUAUCUUGCUUUCAAGGAGCACGUCUGCUUCUGUUAAUGCUAUAUGCUGGCAUUUUUUCUAGUCAUUUGUUAACAUUUAUUGUUCUGCUCCUGCUUGUGCUACACUUGUUGUCUAACACCCAAGUGAUCCCAGGUGAGAUCGAAAUAAACAAAAGUGCGCAGAAUGAGCUGUUUUUGCUUUUGAAGUGAGCUGUGCAUGUUGUAUGUGUUCUGUCUUUGAAAAAAAAAAAACACUGCCUUUCUUUAUUUUCUGUUUUGUUUGAUGGGCUGUGCUAAGUAGACGCUCCACCCUACUGGUCCAAUUUGUAGAUGAUUGAGUGAUUUAAAUACAUGCAGUGUUUCAAUCGCAUUUUUUUUUUUGAUUAUCUGGAGAAAGGUGCUGUGUUGUAGGCAUGAAAAAUUGCUGCUUGCAGCUUUCCUCUUGCCACAUGCCUAUGGCAUCCAUCUUGGGGGUGGGCAGAAUGGUUGCUUCUUACCAGCUAGUUGCAGAAAACCACCCAGACAACUCUUGAUUACUUCUUGAAGCACAAAGGAUAGCAAAGUCUGCAUACUAGCCAUUUGGGACUCUUAAAAGAAUUAACCAUGCCAUAUGAGGACUGUUUAAAAUUACCUUGCCUUUCGGAAUAAUCUGUGUGCUGUGGAGUAUACCAAAUGUUCUGAGGCAGACUAGCACCCCCCAUUUAACACCAGGGGCAGUCAUUGACCCCCCCACCAUGUGCACUCCUUAGUACUGCUUUGCCAUGUGGAAUACGUGAAUGUGGUAAAGUAUGCGACAGCCUUUUGAACGAGGAAUUUGAGAAAAAACUGUGGUAUCCCUUAAACGGAAUGAAACCAACCUACUGCUAUGUCUCCAGUGCGACCCUGUUUUACCAAGCAACCCGUUUCCCGAAGGUGACGCGACUGUACCAUGCAUGCAGUGCUUUGCAGUAAGGAGCUGUUUAUGGUUUGUGAUGUUAACUUUUCUCCUCCGUGCAUGCGUUGUGCAUGAGGCCACCGCUGAGAGAACAGAGAAGCGCUGCAGAGACGAGGUUGUGAGGGACUUUGCAGGGCGUGUGCAGCGCAUUUGUGUGGACAGAUUCGUCACGAGUAGCACUACGGUAGCACGCAUUUGCAUCGGCAGACGGCAUGCGUGAUCACUCAGUGCACGGCGCAUGUGCAUCAUGCCAGUAUGUAGAGGCAGAAUAGGAACAACAAGAGUUAUUUGGGCAUGUUGUUACAUGGCAAAAUAAGUGUCAGCAGUGCCAAACUGUGCAAGAAGGGCAAUGCACACUGAUGCUCGUGUGUGGCCUUUUUAAUUAUCCUUGUCUCAUUUAGCACUGCUGAUACUUGUUAUGGUAGAGUAGGAAAACUAUGGAGUCUUGCUUUUUUGUUUAAAGCAAGUGCAGUCACUACUUUUCUAGCAAGGGUCAUUGGACACGGAUUCUGCGCUGAUCACUUUCGGUGAUGGCGUAGCCUCGGCAAUAGUGCUGCCACCAGGCAUGCGCUUCAUUGGCUGCUCGAGCAAAAUUGGAUGACGUAGUGCUUAACCAGCCAAUCACCAUGACUGAUGGACAAGGCAUGGCCAAGGCGGUAGUAUCGCCGAAGUGGAUUGUCACAGAAUAUGUCCCCUGCUGCCUCUGCAGAAAAGAGUGUUCACAGCUAUGAUGUGAUCACGUCGCCAAGAAAAGCUGUGCUCAAUGAUGUUGCGGCACAGAAUGGGAACAAUGCUGCACAGUAAGAAACUGACUUCAUUUUCAGUUUUCCUUGCAGCUCAAGAAUUUCUUUGAGCAACUGGGAAGGUAUUUCAAGCCAUUACGUAAACAGUGUGAAAAGAGAGAGUUGUCAGUAAGUGUGUAUGGAUCAGGAAGACAAUGAUACCAAGAAACAAUGCUGGAGGCACCAAUAUUCUGUACUAUGUACGCGAAAGACCAAUGCCCCUUCUCCUCCCCCCCCCCCCCAAAAGAAAAGAAAAGAUGCUGUAGUGCGAGUGCAGAAAGCCAAGACAAGACGAGGCAAGAGUAUAACUGCACAAAACAACUUAAGUCUUGCCAUGCAUUACGUAACAGUGGCUAUAAAGUGCGACAUGUUUUAUCUCCUUGGUUCUACAAAGACAAAGGAGAACAUAACAUCCCAUGUUGCACAUUAUGUGGUGUCUACUGCAGUGCCAUAGUAGUAUGUAUUAGACAGUUCUCGCUGAUGGCUAUCAUCCCCGAAGCCAUGUUUGCCUAACACCUACAUGCUGACUGUGCCUACACUUUUUCUUACACCGCACUCUUGUUCGCGAUCAUGCGGUCACUGCCCUUCCGUAUGAUGUCAUGCCUGCCAUAUUGCCUGCCCUCGCAUUGCUGUUAUCGUUGCUUCAGAGGGAGAGCCAUUUCUGUUCUGGGUCAAAAGACGACAGAGUUUGAUGUUAGCAGGGGAGUACCUUUCUCUCCAGAUGUUCACAAUAAGCAUGGUGGGCGAUGCCUGGCAGUGGCUGCUGAUGGAUUCUAGAUGGCGUGCCCACGCAUCACUUAACAGAUAUGCAGAUCUGUGCGCAUUGCCUUUAAUGAUGGGCUGUUGGUAAGUGCCUUUGUUUUGCCGGGUGUGCACUUUGCCUGAGGGCACUGUCUCACUGCACCGCAUGGCGAAGGGUGUUAUCAUCCUAUACACAUCGUCCCAUAGCAACACGCUGCAAUGGGACUGCAUGCACCCGCAUGCUGAGUGCAUACCUGAUUGAACGAGAGACACUCAUCAACGUCGACACUUGAUGAAAAGCAAUCCACACAGCUUUGCAUGCAUGGUAGGCCACGCAUGCUCCUAGGCACACGAGUAAACCCAGCAGUUGUUGCCACGUGUCGUCCGGGUACACCAAAAGGGGCCGCUUUACUCAGCAGUGAAUGGCACUGUACUUGUAGACCAUUGUCAUUGCAACCUAUUAACCUCUCAUUGUGUGAGGUCAAUACUGCAAAAAGUUCCUGGUGCAUGCCAGCUGAAAGCGGCCCAACUUCCUUAGCUCUCAGUGAACACCCUCGCAAAUUUACAGUUCCACAAACAAAUUGCAGCUCCACAAACAGCUUUGAGCGCAAGCUAAAGAACUCCAGCUGGCAAAUUUUAUCUACAGCACUCAACUAUGCAGUCUGUCAUAGCCGGUGUUUUACUGCUAUGUUGAACCUCAGCAAUCAACAAGGUACGCUGAGAAUUCAAAAUUGAUGGAUGUUUCCCACCUGCUACGUGUGUUACUUUAAGCAAAUUGGAGAAAGCACGGGCAAGUCAUUGGGAAAUGUGCUUCAGGACGUGAAGCGUAAUUGAUGCUAGUGACACUGAGAGAUCAUCAUGCACAUUUACAUGAUUUGAUGGCUCAGGUUUUGUAUGCGGUAUUUGGGUAUAAUGUUUCAUGUGUGGUUCUACAAGGCAAUGUAUUUGAAAUGUUGCGAAUGUUCAAGUUUUCUUCUCUUGUUACGGGCCGACGACUGUGAGCCCUCGACAUUUGUGCCACACUGGUGCUUCAACAAAAACUGCACAUUGGAGCAUCUGUCUUAAGCCUGUCAGUUGAAGCUCAUUGGUUUGUGCUUGACAAUGUACAAGCAUCACAUUAUUUUGCGUUUCUACAGUGGCUUGAUCGCAACUGUGUGAAUGCUAUUGCACAAUCAAAAGAUGGGUUCGUUGUAAUCUCCAAGUGGAUGAUACCAGUCGACAUUGUUGUUGCUGUGCUGUUGUUUGCCAGCAUUUUGCAAGGCAAGCUUAUAUGAUUGAUUUUAUGGGCAAACUUGGUCUCAAAGUGCUUUCCAAUAAAGAAAAUUUCAAGAGCA